AUGAUGCAUCAGCAAUCCAUGAUGGUUGGAGACAUGAUACCCGUACACUCUGAAAUACCCGUGCAUACCGAGGAGAUGAAUAAUGUUGGCUACGAGUCCAAUAGCAACUCGUAUGCUUACGAUGACCUGUUCCCGGCGUUGCCUCACUCGCAGGCUCCGGUCCAACGCAACCUUCAGCCCAUCAGCAACAAACUGAGGGUUGGAUCCUCUCUUCAUACUCAGGUUUUCCACGUGCCUUAUGAAGAAAGGAAACUGGAUAACGCCAAUACUUUUGGCGAAGGGGAAUCGCUAAGGACAUGUCAGUCUAUUACUAAGGACACCGGCGCUCAUAUUGAAAUAUCAACUAGCAAGGAUGGAAGUCUUACAUUCCUUAUCACCGGGAAACAUAGUGCUGUCCUAGACGCGAGGCGUUUGAUCCUAACGCACUUUCAACAACAGGCGAGCAAGCAAAUUUCUAUUCCCAAGGAGCAUCAUCGUUGGAUUCUUGGAAAGGGGGGUUUGAAAUUAAAAGAGUUGGAAAAGAUGACGGCUACUAAGAUCAGCGUUCCUGGAAUUGCAGACAACAGUGAAGUCAUUACUAUCACCGGAACCAAAGAGGGAAUUGAAAAGGCUGAACAUGAAAUACGUGUGUGUUCUGAGGAACAGUCCCGUAAAGCACUGGAGCGUAUAGUAGUCCCGAAGAUCUAUCAUCCCUUCAUCCAAGGUCCAUUCGGUGAAACGGCGGAAGCUUUAAGUUCCGAGACCGGCGCUCGUAUACAUAUUCCACCGGCUUCAACCAAAAGUGACGAAAUCGUUAUUGCUGGUGAAAAGAACGGUGUGCUGGCAGCUAAGGCGAGGAUCGAGCAGAUUUAUGAGGACAUGGCUAAAAAAUGUUCAACUGUACGUGUCGAAGUGCCAAAGUCUCAGCACAAAUACGUUAUUGGAUCUCGUGGAACUACCAUUCAAGAGAUUUUGAAAGAAACUGGUGUUUCUGUGGAAAUGCCUCCUCCAGAUUCACCCACGGGCACCAUUACUUUACACGGACCCCAUAACAAGAUUGGUCUUGCUCUAUCAAAGGUGUGUGAGAAAGCAAACUCAGUGAAAACUGCAACUGUUGAUGCACCUACCUGGAUUCAUAAGUACAUAAUUGGAAAGAAUGGCUCUAAUAUUAAGAAAAUUACUCAGGACUUCUCAAAGGUUCACGUAGAUAUUACACACUCUGAAGAUAAAGUGAAAAUUGAUGGACCUCCAGAGGAAGUUGAACGCGUUCAAGUGGAAUUAGAUAACUUCGUGAAGAACCUGCUUGCUACACAUACAUAUGUCGAAUUGACUGUUGACCCUAAAUUCUUUAAGCAUAUCAUUGGCAAAAACGGAAGUAAUAUUAAUAGACUGAAGGUUGAGACUCGUGUAGUUAUAAAUAUUAUUGAGAGUGAAGGCAACAAUGUUAUUCGCAUCGAAGGCAGCCAUCAAGGAGUCGAUGACGCUGAAAGAGAACUGCGCGAAAUGGUUAUGAAGUUAGAGAACGAAAGGACGAAGGAAGUCUUUGUUGACCAUAAAUAUAUUAAAUCAUUAAUAGGAGUUAGAGGUGACAGAAUAAAGGAAAUUCGUGAGAAAUUUGACCGAGUACUUAUAUCAUUGCCGGAUCAAGGACAAAAGAGGAGUCCCAUCAAACUCAGGGGACCACAGGAGGACAUAGAAAAAUGUGAAUCACACCUCCAUAAACUGAUGAAAGAAAUCGCUGAAUCAUCUUACAUACAAGAAGUGCCUAUCUUCAAACAAUUCCAUAAGUUCAUCAUUGGCAAGGGUGGUGCUAAUUUAAGAAAGAUAAGAGACGAAACUCAAACACAAAUUGACCUGCCUGCUGAAGGAGACGACAGCGAUGUUAUUACAGUGAGAGGGAAACGUGAAAACGUAGAGGAGGCCGUAAAGAGAAUACAACAAAUACACAACGAGAAGGCGAACAUCGUUACAGAAGAGGUAACGAUAGCGCCGAAAUAUUACAACUCACUGAUUGGUGCGGGCGGUAAACUUAUACAUUCUAUUAUGGAAGAGUGCGGAGGUGUUCUAAUAAAGUUCCCACCAGCUGAUAGUGAUAGCGACAAGGUUGUGAUAAGAGGACCGAUCGAGGACGUGGAGAAAGCUAAGCAGCAGUUGUUGGCGCAUGCUUCAGAGCGCGAGUUGACGUCGCACACGGCCCACGUGCGAGCUAAACCCGAGCAUCAUAAGUUCCUCAUUGGAAAGAACGGCGCUAACAUCAAGAAGAUCCGCGAGCAGACUGGCGCGCGUAUCAUAUUCCCUACUGAGAAGGAUGAGGACAAAGAAGCCAUUUUCAUUAUUGGUCGCGAGGCACAAGUGGAGGAGGCACGAAAGCAGCUGGAAGCCGCCGUGGCUGAGAUCAGCAAUGUGUCGGAAGGUGAGAUGUCCGUUGACCCGCGCCACCAUCGACACUUCGUGGCCCGACGUGGGGAAGUACUGAGGAGGAUCGCCGAGGACUGUGGUGGAGUCCAGAUAUCAUUCCCACGACAGGGAGUCAACAGCGACCGCGUUGUUCUCAAGGGGCCUAAGGAAUGCAUCGAAGCUGCCAAGAAUCGGAUCAACGAGAUCAUUGAGGAUCUGGAGGCGAAGGUUACGAUUGAAUGUAUCAUUCCACAAAGACAUCACCGAACGGUGAUGGGCGCGCGCGGUGCAAAGGUGAAGGACAUCACAGCUGAAUUUGAUGUUCAAAUCAAGUUCCCUGAACGAGACCUCACUGAGGGCGCUGAUAUUCCAUUAAGAAACGAAGAGAACGCUGAACCAGGACAAAAUGAUAUCAUCAGAAUAACUGGACGGCCGGAGAAUUGUGAAGCGGCCAAAAAAGCUCUGCUCGACCAAGUUCCUAUUACGAUUGAUGUUGAAGUGCCAAAUGAUCUCCACCGCUUACUCGCUGGUCAAAAGAGGAGGGAAUUGAUGCAGACCUACGACGUUCACAUUCUAAUGCCACCGCCUAAUGAAGAAGUCUCUGAUAUUGUGAAGGUCACCGGUACCCCUACAAAUGUUGAGAAAGCUAAAGUGGCACUUGCUGAGAAGAUUGUAGAGAUGGAGAAAGAAAAAGAAGAUAGGAUUCUAAGAUCGUUUGAGCUAAAAUUCAAAGUGGACCCUGAAUACCACCCUCUUGUUAUUGGUAAAGGUGGUUCAGUGAUCACUAAGAUUCGCACAGACUACGGAGUACAAAUAAAUCUACCAAAGCGAGGUGAACCCGAUGAUGAUAUUAUCACCAUACAAGGAUAUGAAGAUAAGGCGCAUCAAGCCAAAGAAGCCAUUAUGAAUAUAGUUCACCAACUUGAUAACCAAUAUCGUGACGAAGUGGACAUCGAUCCCCGCGUCCAUAGAAGACUGAUAGGUCUACGAGGAAAGAACAUAAGACGCAUCAUGGACGAGUACAAAGUUGAUAUUCGUUUCCCGAAACAAGGAGACGACAGCAUCGUUAUAAUAACCGGCGACGAAGACAACGUUCUCGACGCCAAAGAUCACCUCCUCAAUCUCGCCGAGGAAUACUUGCAAGACGUAGUGGACCGCUACCAGAGGCCGGCCGGUCCAUCUCUGGGCGAUUUCGGGGAUGUUCUGAACACUGAGCCUGCAAAUAACGGCGGCGCUGCGGCCGUGCAGCCGUCCGGCGGGUUUGUAGUGAAGGGCGGGCCUUGGGAGCAGCGAGCCCCCGACACAGCCUCUACCCACGAGUUCCCAACGAUGCCGGGUGCUCCACGAGCGGCCGCUAACCCCACACCAUCCUCCGCGUGGGGCCCGCGCCGCUAA